AGAUGUGCCGAUCAUUCGGUAGUAUGGAUUCAAACAAAAUGGCGGCCCGGUGGUGAAAAAAAAUCCGCGAAACACAAUUUUUCAGCCUGUAUGAAAUAUUCGGGACGUUGUUGGGUGCAGAUCUUCGAACAAAAAAAGCCUUGGACGGACAUUUCCGGAUAUCUUUACGUCACAACACCACAUCACAUCCCCCAUCGCCAUGGAGGAGUUGACGUCCGCUCUGGCCAGUUCCUUUUCCGUGUCGAACGUCCCGAACAACCCGGCAGCCCCGCACCCCCGCCUGGCGCAGUACAAGGCCAAGUCACAUGACCUGGCCCAGUCGGAGAGGAGGAGACAGAUGCUGGAUCGACAGAAGAAACAGCGUCAAGACUUGGCAAACUUAGCGCGGCGACUAGCCGAGGAUGACUGGGAGAACUGGAGCACAGAGGAGGAGGAAGAGGAAGAGAUGGAUUACACACGAAAGAGACCCAACCUGUAUGCAAACCAGCUGAUGUUGUCGGAGUGGCUGGUAGAUGUCCCCGGGGACCUGGAGGAGGAGUGGCUGAUGGUGGUGUGUCCUGUGGGCAAGAGAAACCUGCUGGUGGCAGCUAAGGGAACAACCAAGGCCUACACUAAAGGUGGCUUCUGUGUGAACUGCUUCCCUUCAGCACUGCCUGGUGGUCGGAAGAGGAGUUACAGUGCCAAAGAGUACACCAUCCUAGACACCAUCUUCUGUGAGGCAAGCAGGACGUUUUACGUUCUAGAUAUCAUGUGUUGGAAGGGACACCCAGUCUAUGACAGUGAGACUGACUUCAGGUUUUACUGGUUACAAACCAAGCUACAAGAAGAGCCUGAUGUGGCAGAACGCUCCAAGACUAACCCUUACGUGUUUGUUGCUCUGAAGAACAGCCCUUGUCAGAGACUCAGCAUACAGCAGAGACUGGCUGAAACCUUUCCCUACGAAGUUGACGGUUUGCUGUUUUACCACAAGCGAACCCACUACACGUUUGGCAGCAGCCCCCUGGUUGGCUGGCUCAAACCCCACAUGCUACCUGACAUUCUAGGCAUCCCUGCUCCCACCAUCACUGUUGUACCAGCAGUGGACGCCUCGGUCAUGGACACAACUCACGAAAGUGAUGAGGACGACACUGAAACCAUGGAAACAGGCAACACGGCAAGAAAAAAGAAGGGAAGAAGGAGAAGAAAGAAAGGUGGCUUGGAAAAAAUGGAGGCAGAAAACUCUACCGAGAUGCAUAGUAUACAAUAGCGAAACACAGGUCAUUUUUUCAUGCACCGUAACACUACAGGGGAAAUCUUACAACAUAAGGAGGUACAGAACUUAAAGGAGAUGAGCUAGUAGUUCCUUGAGUUUUACUAAAAUAUAAAAAAAGCCAUACGUGGAUUUAAGAGAAGAAUUCAGAGCUUCUGAAUACUGCUUUCUGGAUACUGGAAUCAGCUGAACUGAAAUGGGCACAAAGUUACAGAUUUUGCAAAUUUGAAAAUGAUCUGUUUUUGAGCAUGUUUUCAGCAACUUAUUUCAGGUCAAUUUUUUAAAAGAAAUAGAACACUGAUCAACAUUUUAGCCUCACUAAAUGAAAGUUAAAUUAUUUUUUUAAUAUUUUUGUGUUUUUUUAACACUAUGUACAUAAACAUAUCGUGUUGAUUAACAUUGUUAUAUGUUUGUAAAUAAACAUGUAUCAAUAACUGUUAAUGUCUUACACUUAAUACAGCUGACUGUUUUGCCAGUAUACAUGUAUGUUUGUUUUUAACCCGUGACAACUGUUGCUAAAAGGUUUGUUGAGGUACUACAGAGGCAGAGCAUCUGUUGCAUGUUAAUGCCAUGGAAGGACUAUGUCAAUGCCUCUAUCAUGUCAACACAAGACUAACAGUUUAUACACUCAGAAAAAAUAUAUCAGAAAUUUUGAUGGUGCUACACAUUAGUCUAGUUUACUUUGAUGGGCUAGUCAACUCCCGCUGUCCAAAACUCUUGAUGUUUGACUUGCCAUCAAACGUGAGCAAUUAUUCCUCAAGUUUGCUGGAUCGCUGAGACAGUCUCUGAACAGAUAUGUACAACAUUCUGUCCAUUUUUGGCAUGUGCACGUUGAAGGCCAACAAAAUUUCUCAUAUUUUUUGGUAAAAACUCCUACUGGGAGCCUAGUUGAGGUGGGCGUCGGGAAGCUAAUAUAGCUUUGAAGAGAGCCCACCCAAGCAAGCCAUGAUAGACUGGACACCAGUCUAUCACAAAUUCUUUUUUUAGUUUUUUUUUUAACUACAGCUGUAUUUGUAUAUGUAUCAUGCAACCACUUUCAUCUGCAGAUUAUCCAUGAUUAGCAAAAGAAUGGGGGCUUAUAAUGUUAUUUUUGUCAAAUGUUUUACAUUUAGAUUUUAGAGUGUUAGUAUUACUUGUAGUUCAAAAUUGGCACCAAUUAACCCUCCUGCUGUCAUGGCUGCCUAACCCCAUAACCAAUCCAAAUAUUUGGUGCCAAUUUGCAACCAUAGCAGGCUAGGGGUUAAAAUGAGCAGGUGAUGUAAAAACUGUUUC